GGAAAGAACAAUUUUUUAAGAUUCUCUUCAUAACAAUCGAUAACCAAUAUCUUCCUCUCUCUCUCUCUUUCUCUUUUUCUCUUUCUCCUUUCUCUUCGUUGUCUUUCGACUCGAUUCGACAUUCUCAAGUUUGACCUUCGCGUAAAAUCGUGCCAUCAUCACAACGACGACAGUAUUGAAAGAUCAUUCUAACGAAACGAAUGUCUCGGUUUCUCCGUUAAUUCUUACAAAGGAAAAUUGUUUGGUGAAAUGUGUUAGUAUCGUCAAGAUUAUAAUAAGUGUUAGUUUUUCGCGUCUACAUUUUACAACGCCAUCAUUGAAAAUCAUUGGAAGUGUAUAAGAAGAAAAAAUCAAGGAAGAAGAGUUAUUAACAACGAUUAAGACAACGCCGUUUAUUUUAUCUAUCAGGAGUGGCCACGCUCGAUGUGGAUGAUGAUUUGCACAAGAAAACGGGUAUGGUGACACUGAUACAGCACCAACAAACAGCAGACAAUAAUCUAUAUCAAAAAGAACAAGAUCAUCGUAUAAUCAGCGUAUCGUCUCAACUCGAAUCGUCACGUGAGUCGCCUAAUUGUCGCGUUAAAUUCGAGCAAUUAAAAUCGGCUAAGGACAAUAACAAUACAGUGAUCGCAACAGCGGCAGCCAAUUGCAAUGAUAGUAUUGGUGAUACCUCUACGCAGUGCAGUGACAUAGAUAAUAGGAAUAAUGUUGUUGUUUGUUGUGAAAAUAAUGCGAACAAUGAAGAAAAAGAAGAAGAAGAGGAGGAGCAGGAGGACGAAGAAGAAGAAGACGACGAUGAUACUGAUUUAGAGGAAGGAGGAUGGACGGCCGAUUUACCGGUAUCCACUGUUGUGCAGCAUCAUCAACAACAGGUGGCAGUACCAAACGGUAACGUGAUCUUACCAAAUGCUGAUCCAUCAACUUUCGGUGAUAUAUGUGUGAAAAAUUCAUCGAACGUUCAUCUGGGUAACAAGACCUUUUACAAAGGACCAGUUACGAUAAAACAAUUCGUUUACACGAAUCCAACCUCGGUACAGGGUCAAGAAACAACCGAAUAUGAUGGGACACGUACAUCAGACGCUAAUGCUUCCGAUUUAUCAUCAAGUAAAACGGAUCUUGGUCUUAACAGGCCGAUUUUAUCACAAAAGAACGAUUACGAUAGAGUAACAAAAUGGCUAUGGACGUGGCGAUGUGCUGCACUUUUAUGUACAAUAGCCUUAAUUCUUGUGACCAUGAUCGUCGUGAGUUUUGUACUUCUCACAAAUACUUCUCAUAGAUACGAUGUCUCACCGACUCUUUUCCCGGAAAUACCAGAUUCUUCUCUCGAGGGUGUUAUAGUAGACAACGUACGAUUUGUCGAAAGAAACGAAUGGGGAGCACAGCCACCAAUGGAAACUUUGACGAAGAUGAAACUACCUGUCCCUUAUGUUAUCAUCAGCCACACGGCCACUGAAUUUUGUAAGACGCAAUCGGAAUGUACUUUCCAUGUGAGAUUUGCACAGACUUUUCACAUUGAAUCGAGAAAGUGGUCGGACAUAGCGUACAAUUUUCUCGUUGGUGGUGACGGUCUUGCUUAUGUUGGACGUAGUUGGGAUUAUAUGGGUGCCCAUGCCUUUGGUUACAACAAUAGAAGUAUAGGAAUAUCUUUCAUUGGUACGUUCAACUCUGUAGUACCACCCAAAGCUCAAUUACAUGCCGCUCAAAGGAUCAUCGAAUUAGGAGUUAAAGCCGGAAAAAUUGCUAAGGAUUAUAAAUUACUUGGUCAUCGACAAGUAUCAAAAACCCUAAGUCCUGGUGAUGCACUUUACAGCAUCAUAAAAACAUGGCCUCAUUGGGUACCUUAUCCUUAAUAAUUUUAUCAUGAUUUUAAUGACAGAAUUCUUUUAUUUUCUCAAACAUAUCGUUCAAAUAAGAUUAUCAAUGUAAUCUACUUACUAUUUUUUUUUUUAUUUUUUGCUUCUUUUUUCUUUUCUAUCCUCAUAUUUCUCUUUCUAUCUCUUUUAUAUAUAUAAUGAAUGAAUAUUCAUUAUCAGUGGUUCGUAAUCGUUAGCUGAUUAUCCUAAGGAUUUUCUAGACGAUAUACUAUAUGUGAUAAAAUAUACAAUAAAUAUAAUAAAAUCGAUUGCAUCCGUGAUGCAUAUUCAUAUGUAUGAUAAUAAUUAUUAUAGAGCUAUUAGCGCGUCUACUUAUUCUAUAGCGCGCUAAAAUUUGUCACUUGUAAGUGCCAAUAUAACUUCUUAAUACCUCGUUCUUGAACCUUAUUUUUUUAUUUUUAUUUUUAUUAUUGUUCUUAAAAAAAACUUCUUUUGCGUAUAGUACAUCGUAUGUAUGUGUAUGUGUGUAUAUGUCCAUAUAUAUCUGUUCUAAGUUUUGAUGAAUGUAUGUAUAUAAUUUUUACAAUUUGGUUUCUAUAUGGUAUCCUUCUUUUCACAAUUUUAUAUUUUAUCCGACCUCCAGAUGAGAUAUUCUUCGUUUUAUCUCAAUUUAAUGUGAAUGAAAGCAUGCAACAAUUUAAUGCAAUUGUAUGUACUACAUUAUUUAUAAUAAAUUUCAUAUCACAAAUAUUGUACAGCGAUUAAAAAAUAAUGUAAAAUAAAUUUAAUUCACUGAAGAAGAUAAUGUUUAUUUAUAUAAA